AGAAGCUGGAUUUCUCUCCACUUAAUCGGUGGCUGCUGAAUGUGUGAAUGGGCUCCACAGAAAAGCAUUGGGUUUGUACAGAUUCAGAAAUCAGUGUGCGAGUUACCACCAUGGAUGCUGAGCUGGAGUUUGCCAUUCAGCCCAAUACAACAGGGAAGCAACUCUUUGACCAGGUUGUGAAGACCAUUGGCCUGCGAGAAGUUUGGUUCUUUGGACUUCAGUACCAGGACACAAAGGGCUUCUCAACAUGGCUUAAACUGAACAAAAAGGUGACGGCACAGGAUGUCCGGAAGGAGAGUCCCCUGCUCUUCAAAUUCCGGGCCAAGUUCUACCCGGAGGACGUGGCAGAGGAGCUGAUUCAAGACAUCACGCAGCGCCUCUUCUUCCUCCAAGUGAAGGAGGCCAUCCUGAAUGACGACAUCUACUGCCCCCCCGAGACCGCCGUCCUCCUGGCCUCCUAUGCCGUCCAGUCCAAAUACGGGGACUUCAAUAAAGACGCGCAUAACCCCGGCUACCUGAGUGGUGACAAACUGUUGCCCCAGAGAGUUUUGGAACAACACAAACUCAGUAAAGAUCAGUGGGAAGAGAGGAUCCAGGUGUGGCAUGAAGAACAUCGGGGAAUGCUCAGGGAAGAUGCUAUCUUGGAAUAUCUGAAAAUUGCACAAGAUCUGGAAAUGUAUGGUGUGAAUUACUUCAGUAUUAAGAACAAGAAGGGCUCUGAACUUUGGCUGGGAGUAGAUGCCCUCGGACUCAACAUUUACGAGCAGAAUGACAGGUUAACUCCCAAAAUUGGAUUCCCUUGGAGUGAGAUCAGAAAUAUUUCAUUCAAUGAUAAGAAGUUUGUUAUCAAGCCAAUUGACAAGAAAGCACCAGACUUUGUCUUCUAUGCCCCACGGCUAAGGAUUAACAAGCGUGUCCUGGCUCUGUGCAUGGGGAACCAUGAGCUCUACAUGCGCAGACGCAAGCCAGAUACCAUCGAAGUGCAGCAGAUGAAGGCCCAAGCCCGGGAGGAGAAGCAUCAAAAGCAGAUGGAGAGAGCCUUGCUGGAGAAUGAGAAGAAAAAGAGGGAACUGGCGGAGAAGGAGAAGGAGAAGAUUGAGCGUGAGAAGGAAGAGCUGAUGGAGCGGCUGCGGCAGAUCGAGGAGCAAACCAAGAGAGCUCAGCUAGAACUGGAGGAGCAGACCCGCAGAGCGCUUGAGCUGGAGCAGGAAAGGAAACGAGCUCAGGAGGAAGCAGAGAAGCUAGCAAAAGAGCGGCAGGACGCCGAGGAGGCCAAGGAGGCCUUGCUGAAGGCGUCACAUGAUCAGAAGAAGACCCAGGAACAGCUGGCUGCUGAGAUGGCAGAGCUCACUGGCCGGAUCUCGCAGCUGGAAGUGGCCCGGCAGAAGAAAGAGAGCGAGGCGAUGGAGUGGCAGCAGAAAGCUCAAAUGGUUCAGGAAGACCUGGAGAAGACCAAAGAGGAGCUGAAGACGGCCACGAGCACCCCUCACGUCCCAGAGCCCAUGCAGUCCGAGAACGAGCACGAUGACGAGCAGGACGAGAACACCGCCGAGGCCAGUGCAGAGCUGAAGGCUCACGCCUCCACCAAGGACCGCAGCGAGGAGCAACGGACUACGGAGGCAGAGAAGAAUGAACGGGUGCAGAAGCAUUUGAAGGCUCUGACAUCUGAACUGGCCAACGCCCGGGACGAAACGAAGAAGACGGUCAACGACAUGCUCCAUGCGGAGAACAUGAGGCAGGGCCGCGACAAGUACAAGACGCUGCGCCAGAUCCGGCAGGGCAACACCAAGCAGCGUAUCGACGAAUUCGAGUCCAUGUAACCACUCCUGCCCCCACGGCCCCCGUCCCCAGCCCCCCUCCAUUUCCUUUCCCUCGCUACUCAUGUGUAACUCUUGUCCUGGAGCCAUUACAGGGGAACGGUCCCAGUCAGUCAGAGGGUUCUGUGCAGGGGGCGCCAGCCAGCAUAGGACCAAACAGUCCCUCGUGCCUUCUUUUGACUUUCUGACAGUAGUAAGGUCCUUCACUUACUGUGAGCGAAGCAAACAAACCCCCCAUUCUGCGUGGCUUUCUGAUGCCUCGUAUCAGCCCCGUGCUGCAGGUACGGGUCUCAUUUCAAACCCCUCCACACAGCCCAGUCUCACUCUGGUUGCUGCAGUACUGUUGGCCUGGUACAGGUUCUCUGCUUUUCAAACAGAGAUCACUUUGACAUUAAACGGCAGUAGAAUUUAACAGAAACUGGGUUAAAUGCAGAGUGCAGCAUCUGUGCCUUUUUCCUAAAGACCAAAGUUGUUUGUGGCUUCCCAGGGUCCAGCAGGCCCAGCCUGAUGCUCCUUAUCUCCUUGGUGCCUUGUCUGUCCCACUAGCUAAGAGGCUGGGUUCCUUUAGCCACCUAUUCUGGGUUGGUCUAGUUUGGGAACAUCUUGCCGCAAAAUACAUUUUUUGUGUGUCCAUGAGCAGGGAAGUUUUGUACAGCCGCAGAGAUUUGUGGUCAUUCAUAUCGCCAACAUAAGUCCGGCGGAUUAUUUUUCCUAGGGGGUGCAGAAGCAAAAUGCCGCAAGUGGACUUUCGGCCGAGGGAUUCCGGAACACCCCAGACAUGCUUAAGGUGCCUUACAGAGGAUUCCUUCCCUCUUCCGAAAG